AUGAGUGAUCGGAUACAAUACUUUGCUUCCAGGCGUCCUACGGGAACGUCCUAUACUCACAGAGCGCCCCAGCCAUUUACCCCGGGCUCGUCAUCUCGAGAGCUGAGAGGCCUUCAGGGGCAAGGAAGUGGCCGAUAUGUUAGAGGAUCGUAUACGCUGCUGCCUGGUUAUAAUAUACACCAGAUCAAUGGCCUCUUGGCCAAUGACGACCGCAGUGGGUUUCUGCUAGCAAUACCACCCGAGACCCCACUGCCCGGCUACUCUACUGCUCGUAUAUCUUCGAUGAGCGCAGCUGCUCCUGGAGCUGAGCCAAGUCCCGCACGGGCAGCAACAGUAACAGCAGCCAGGGUGGCGGGUAACGCUACCACAGUCACUGACCUCGAGUUGGCACGAGAGGCGCAAGAAAUCGAAAUUGCCAUCCGGAACUCACUAAUGGAUGACCGCCAUCCAGUUGUCAACGUUCUCCGCGAUCAGGUAUAUCAUGGGAAUACGCCUGCUGACGGGGCCAUUGCAUCUUCUCACCCCGCUCAGCCACAACAAGGUUUACAUUCAGCUUGGAGAUUGCACAAUGAAAAUCGGGAAGGGUACAUAACCAGAAACCAACAGAAUGCAGAGUCGCGGCCCGCCAUGCUACGCUCAUCAACACGAAUGGUUACAUGCACUCUUUGCAAUGGUAGUCGAGCGGUGCAGCAGGAUGCAGCUAAUGCCGAUGGCAUGCCCGUCUGUGAGAAGUGCUGCGAUGAAAUGAUGCAAGCUGAGCAGUCGAGAGCGGAAAUGUCUGAGAGGGGGGCGGGUUCGCUUUACCUGACGUUGUUGUAA